AUGGAAGCGGGCCUACUCUUCUACCAAGGACAAAUUGUGGUCCCUGACGUUGGAACGCUGAGAACGGAACUACUUUGUAUCUUCCAUGACAGCCCAUUGGCUGGACACCCUGGGAGGCAGCAAACGUUAGAAUUGAUCUGCAGGAAUUACUAUUGGCCUGGCAUCCGCGCCAACACCUAUUGGCACGUGGAUUCCUGUGAAACCUGCCAGCGUAUUUGCAAACCAAAGUAUGCUUCAAUUCCCCUGCAGCCACUAGAAAUCCCAUCCAGACCCUGGCAACAUAUCUCUUAUGACAUGAUAGUAGAUUUGCCCAAGGACGGGAAUUUUGACUCCAUCUUGGUUAUCAUUGACAGCUUCACUAAGUACGGCAUCUUCAUCAAAUGUUCAAAAAAGUUGAAAGCGCCCAAACUAGCAGACCUAUUCCUGGAAAAUGUCUGGAAACGCCAUGGGAUGCCGGAAAAGACGAUAUCAGACAGGGGAAGGGUGUUCAACAAUAAGUUCCUAAAAGCCCUGUACAAACGCUUAGGAAUAGACCCCCACUACUCUUCAGCCUAUCACCCCCAAAGUGAUGGACAGACAGAACAAGUAAACCCGUCCAUUGAACACUUCCUAAGGGCAUACUCUGGCAUCAACCAACGGGACUGGACAAAGUGGCUCCCCAUGGCGGAAUUUGCUUACAAUAAUGCCGUACACAGUAGCACCGGAAAAACUCCUUUCAAAGCCCUGUACGGAUGGGAACCCACCUUAACCCCAUCCAACGUACCAACAGAUGUUCCAGAAGCAGACAACCUUGCCCAGGCAAUGGAAGCCCAAUGGAAGGAAGUAGAAUCCGCCUUACAGCAAUCUAAGCAACGGAUGGUAGCUGGAGAAGACGGAAACCCAGUAGAAUUUGAGAUUGGAGAGGAAGCAUGGUUGGACUCCAGAAACGUAAACCUCAAGACCCUGAGCCCAAAGCUAACCAAGCAACGCUUAGGACCAUUCAAGGUCAUCGAGAAGAUCUCCAACCGCGCCUACCAACUCAAGCUACCUCCAACUAUGCGUAUCCACAAUGUUUUCUAUGUGGGGCUCCUAUCCAAGGUCAAAAGGGACAAGAAGCGCACCUUUGAAAAUUGCCCCCCACCAGUCACCAUAGACGGAGAAGAGGAAUAUGAGGUGGAAGGGAUCACUGAUGCCAAAGAAAGGAACGGAGAAUGGUUCUUCCAAGUCAAAUGGAAGGAAAAAUACAAAAAAGACAUGAAAAAGAAGGCCCUUGGCGCUGCCAAGGCCCUUAGAGGGGGGGCAGUGUCGUAG